GGCACAUGGCGGAUUAACGUCUACAAGUUAAAAGAAUUUUAUUCGUGGUGUAACAAGUUGACUGGAAGCAUGUUGUCCAUUGAAAUGCAUUAGUUCAAACUGUAAAAAAUAUGAAACCAGAAGGCCGUGAAAUCAAACGCACUGGGUAUAUGUUUGGAACCCGCAUGUACCGAGUCCGAAACUGGUUCAUCCUGGGUUCAUUUGGUUUCGUUUUUUUAUUCGCAGCUGCGACAACUAAGCUGCUAUAUGAUCCAGAGAGCAAAGAUAUCCUUUGGGUACAAGAGUCCCGCAAGCGACAAGAAGAGUGGCGCAACCGUCAGAUUGAGCGUUCCUUUGAAGUACGACAAAGGCGGUACAGGCAGGCAUCCAAGCUGUCUGAAAUACAGCCCAUACCUAUACAGACAGAGAAAUAAUAGUCACAGCCCCCGGCCAUCUUAGUCUACAGGUGUAUAUAAGAGACAGUACUCAUUUGGAAAACCAGUUGGCUGUGAUUGCCAUUUGGUAUCAUUUUACGUCAUGUGACUGCUUGUUAAGAAAAAAAAAAGGCUCUUGAGAUAUAUUCUUAUUAUCGAUUUAGCAAACUGUAGCUGAAAUCAAAAUUAACUGCAAUGAAGUUUUUUUUUUGAUUAUUUGUCAAUGAUGCAUUUGCUAUAGUGUUUAAUGUCAGUUUGUCAUGAAAAUCUUCAUGAAAGCUGUUACUAUUACAUCAGCAUUUCUGCUAUGAAUUCCCCAGAAGCUUGUAACCGUGUUAACAUUGAGAACGUUACAUAUGGUGCAGUUUCAUAGAUCCAUGGAAGUCGUCACACUGUUCAGCUCAGGAACAAUGUGAAGUUUUACAUGCACCUAUGUGCUCAGUGGACUGAAUAAUUAGGCUGGGCACAAUGUAAGACUUUACUAACUUUAUAUCAUCCCUGACUGUCGAUGUAGCCUUACUGUUUAAUUCGUUGAUACUGUAGGAUGUAAUUAUGGAAAGCAGCAGUGCACCAUUAACUCCUGGUAAGAAUAGAAAACCCUGCCCUUCUUGUAGUCCUGUGAAGUAUGAGGGUGGAACAACCUAUGUCUGCUCAAGUCCGGUUGUCAUUGUGCAGCAGAUGUUACCGAAAGCAGGUCACAGUUCACAGAGGAGAAUAGAUGUGGAAUGCACACCAGGCGAAACAAAAGAAACGGCUGGGAUAUCUGAUGAUCUGCAGAAUAAAUCAAAGAAGUCCUCCAAAAGAGGGCGCCCCAAAUUAGCAUUGAGAAAAGGUACAAAGGGGAUUGCCACAAUGCCACCUAAAUUGUCAUCAUUAAGUCAGCCUGGAAACAUCCUGAAUGCUGUUGAUCUUAACGAGUCUGAUGAUUUCAGGCCUUCAAUAACCACUAGGUCUAACAAAAGGAGAAAACUGAGUGAUACAGAUAAAGCAAAGAUUAAGAUACCAUACUCUGAUGAGGUAUUCUCAGAGGCCUCAAGGUCAAGGAAGGCAGGAUCAGACUUGACAGGCUCAAGGAAUGGAAAAUCCCAGAUUGGAAGCUCAGAAAUAUCAGGCUUAGAACCAACAAGGUCAAAGAAAGCAAGCGCAGAGGGGGAAAGUUUGGAUGUACCAAUCUCCAGGAAAGAGAGGUCCCGAAUUGGAAGUUCAGAAAUAGAAAGCUCAGCAAUACCGUUAAAAGUAGCAAGCUUAGAGAUAGGCUGUAAUAGCUUAGAGGCGGGCACCCCUGGGCUGGCAACAAAUCAGGUGUGUGGAACAGAGUCUGAAUGGGAUGUAGAUGGCGUGCAUAAUUCUGCGAAAGUGACGGUUGAAUCAGAACCUCCACUGGCAAAGGGCGAUGAGUCUACUGAAGAGAUGAAAUCUUGUGUAAUCUGUCGACAGUCGGUCAAAAGUGACAACCUUCAGAGCCACCAGAGGGCAUGUCUAAAUCGUCACUUUACAAGGGGAGCUAACCCAGCGGAUGCAUCUGCUGGUGUAUCAGACGAGGUGCUGGCCAGAGCUUUACAGCAGACAGAAUUGAUGCAGAGUAGUCCCCCUUUGGAGCUAGUUCUCUGUCAGAUCUGCAACCUGGACUUGUCUGGCCUCAAUGCUCACAGACAAACACAACAUGUCAACACCUGUAUGGACAAGAAAGAGACUGCUGUUACUGUGGCUGUGGCAGAUUCUGAAGCCAUGGAAAGGGCUAGGAAGGCGGUUCUCGACUGUCCAAUGUGUGGAAAACCACUGAAGACAGAAGCAUCUAGAAAAUCCCAUAUGAAUAGGUGUUCCAAGUCCUGCAAUGUUGGUCAAGACCACUUAUCACAGCUUAUAGAGCAACAGAGGAGGGAGCAUGAGGCUCGGCUGACAGCUGGGCAAAUACCACUCACCACAAGAGCACAAAAGACAAAAAACAGAGGACAAUCUGCAAAGACAAAGAGAACAACUAAAGCUCUUGAUGAAGACACUCAAUUUGCAUUGGCUUUAUCUACUUCCCUGGUUGAAGAACAGCAGAAGCAGGAGACACAACUUUUGGACCAGUUGGAAUCUAUUGACAGAUUAGCAUUGGGCUGUAAAAAGCUGGACAAGGAUAUCAAGAAAGGGAGAAGAAAGAAGGGAAAUUCUCAUAUUGGUGAAGAGUUACCACUGCUUCUAAAAUACACCACUGAAGAAAUACGAAAGAAGAUUGCAGAGCGAGUAGCAAUGGUUGUCACCCCUGGGGAUUCGAAUCAUUUCAACAACACCCCUCCCAUGUCAGAAAGCGAUGUUACAAAGAGGUUCUCAAAGAACACGGACAGACAACAGUCAGUUUUUAACGGCACUGAGAGAACGAAUUUGAGUCUUUGGAAAAAAAGUUGCAUGAACUCAGACACAGCAGAUAUAUAUUAUGUAAAAGAGUUAAGUCCCCUUGUGAAGGUAUCCACUGCUCACUUUGACAGACUAUUGGCCAAGAUGUCUGCACUUGCUGGAACAGGAAAGACAGAUAAAAAUAGUGGCAAUCUGUCGAAGGUUGAAGAUACAGAGAUUGGGGAUGAGGCCAGUAGUGUAGAUUUUGUCUCUACGCAGACGGCGGUGGUUUUGGCAGAAUUGGCUGCUGAGGAGGAUGAAUCUGUUUUACAGUCAAGCCCAAAGUGUACUUCCCAGAACCUCACUCGCAUAAGCAGUUCACAAAGCACUGCUGACAGAGACUGCAAAAAUCAAACUUCUACCUCUCUAGUAAAAUCUUUUAACCAUGCCUCAAAAAAAUCUCAAAUCUCCAAAAGUGCACCAGGAAAAAAUGCCUGUUCGCUGGACAUUGAGGGAGCUACAUGUUUAUCUGAGUUGCAUAGCUCGGGUGUUGAGGAGGUUGUUAAACUAGGGGGAGAUAACUAUGCAAAUGGAUCAGAUAACAACACUUCUGAAGAACCUGAAGAGGAAGCUACAUCAAGAGCAGACAACUGUGGAGUUAUCAAAGUAGCUGCACAAGAAGGAAACAGCUGGGGAAAUGAAAGUGGCAAUGAAUUUUUCGACAGUAAGAAGACAAGCUUCUCAUUUGAUGCCAGUGGUUUUUGCCCGGAAGAUAAGAGUAAGGUAGAUCCAACCAUUAUUACCCAGAGUCUCCUGUCUCAGUUAUCAUUCCUGGUAAAUAACCCCAUAUUCAGCGAUAUAAGACUUCUCACAGGAGAUCAGAAGGUGGUUCAUGCUCACAGAGUGAUCCUUGCAGCUCGCUGUCCUCGGUUGAUUCAGGAUCUCCAGCAGACUAGUGAGGAUUUACACCUGGAAGAAUUCACUUGCAGGGCUGUACUAAAUGUGAUCAAGUUUAUAUAUGCAGGAGAAAUUGUCAUAUCCAGGAAUUGUGAGGAAGAGAUUCAGCUUGCUCAGAGAUUUGGUGUGGAAGAGCUUUGUGACAUACUGCAACAUCGUGUUGGUGACAAAUGGGAACCAAAUGCUGAUGCAGACGAAGAUAAAACCCUCGAAAAAGAGCAGGUUCUGGAUGAUUUGUUAAAUAGCUUGUUUGACGGGAGCAUGGGUGCAGUAGUCCAGGAAACAAAUGGUGAAAAUCUAGAGGAAGGAAAGGACGAAGAAGAAAUGGACAGUUUAUACCAGUUUAUGUCAACACAAAGAGAGAAGAGUUCAGCAAACAAGGGAGACAACUCCAAAAAAGGACAAGAGUAUUUAGGCUGUACAAGUAUAAAACAAAUAGGUUUCCAUAGUGCUGGUCAAGAGAUAAAGGUCAAUAAGGGAGUUGUUCUAUCUCUCAGUAGCGACAUUAGUAGGCCUGGUAUCCAAAGAAUUACUGAGCCUUUAGGGAAACCCAACAUGAAGAGAUUGGAAGAGAUUGUUGGAGAUAUCAGCUGUAGAAGUCACACCGGUAGCAGUGAACAGCGUGCUAAUCAGAGUUCACACUCACACAGACCUGAAAAAGACAUUUAUGAAUACAAAGCAGUUGAACAAUCAGUUACAAGUAAUGAUGAUAAUGAAAUUGAAGAAAAUAAAUGUAGGAGCAGGUCAUCAGGAUGCAGUGCAGAGAGUGAUAUGGGUAGAGGGUUAAAACGGGUAAUUGUUUCUCAUUGUGAUGAAGACGGAGCGAUGGAGACAGUUUGUAAGCGAGUAAAACUGGAUGGACCCAGUUCAGACGGAAAAUCAGAUCUAGAUUUGACCAGUCAGGUGGACUUGAUGGAUACCUCCAAGUCAUCGUCUGUUACUGAUUUGUACGAUAAUGAUGAAAAUCAUUUUGAUAUAGUGCACAGCAUGUUAAAUGAACUAAGUCCAGGAGAAGCAGAAAAGUACCAACCUGAUUGGUUUAAAUCAAGCUCAUCUGGGUCAUCAGAACAUGCAAAGUCUGAAAAGGAUGAUGAAGAUCUGAAACUCCAACAUGAUAUGAAUGUUGGAGUAGCAGGUGAUAAUUUGGACGAAGAAGAAAGAAAGAGUGGAGAUGAACUUAUUGUGAUAGAUGUGAAUGCCAUGGAAGAUAUCAAUAAUGAGGCUAAGUUGCUAAGUAGCAAUUCAGGAUUGUUCUAUUGA